AAGUAAGACGAUUUUGAAGACAAUGGCGUGUAUUCCAAUUCUUUGUCAGAUCAUGUGCGAAGUUUUCCGUUACUUCGGCAGUGUUUUGAUAGAUGACCGUGUGACGGGGCUGUACGAAAGAUUCACAAAGGUUCUUGCAAAGCGCCGCGAUAGAUCAGAUUGGAAGGAGAAGUUGGCAUCCGACCUCAACAAUCUUGGAAGUGCCGCAUUUGAUGCAUUAAUAGACAACCGAAGCGAGUUAUGGGAUUUGGAGUUUGACUGUGAAUCUGUCUUGAAGACUGAACCCGGGGAGAGUGGUUUCAUACAAUUGGACAGUGUGACGAAUAGCGACUUUGAGGAGAGGAAAAUAGUCACGUUCCUCCACAAGUCCUUUCAGGAGUAUAGUGCGGCAUACUACUUUGCCCACUUGUAUGACGAGAACAAAGAGAAGUUUAGUGAGAGGUUGAAGCAGAUCAAUUCAGACAAUGUCUUUGCAAUGGAAUAUGUGCUUCGGUUUGCAUGCGGCUUAUUGAAAGAGUCUCCGGCUACUGAGGAAAUCCUGGAGCACGUUCAGAAACAGCAAACCAUACAGGUGCACGAUGUGAACAGCUGCUGGCACCUGGAGGGAGGAAAUUGCAGAGAAAGUAGAUCAUUGGAGGUGCAGACAUUAGUACGGGUGUUGCUGUUUGAGACUGGUUCCACAAAAAUGGUUGAUAAGCUAGACCGACCAACCUAUGUGCAGUGUAGGAGGCCACAGGAGGAUUGGAUCUCAUUGCAACAUUACUUGAAGUGUGUUCGUGAGCUGCAGUGUCCGGUGUUCAGUAUGCUACGGUGUGUCGCAUUCUACGGCACCUACCUGCACGGGCGGGUCAAGAGUCUAGCGCUUCUCGUUCACCCAUCCCUGUACUCAUUUACAGCACAUGUUAACGACAUGGUGGAUGACGACGUCGAUGACCUGAUCAGCAUCUUCCCUCCUGAACGCACACGUGAUUUGACAGUCCUUGAUCUGUCUGGCAAUUAUUUAAAUGCACCUGCACUUGUUAGAUUCAGUGUACAUCUCGGAAGUUUACCCAAACUAGAUCCCGAUAAAAUUCGCUACGUUUCUACUGGGGAUUAUGUAGAUGUCAACGAGAUGGUUAGCGUUGGAUUCGCGCUUGGCAGUCUUGGCAUACUUUUUGAGAGUCCAAUCCGCGUCGUGAUUGGUGCGGAGACUAGUCAGGGCGCACAAGUUGGACAAUAAUUACAAAAUAUCGCUAUAAUACUAUCUAUUGGGAAAAAGAGAUGUCCAAAAUAGCCCCACCUGAAAGAAUGAUGAACGAAAAUUAACGAAUUUUAAUCUAGAUGGAUUGAAGCCUGAUCUGUAAAGGGAGCAUUCUGCAUAAAUGUAAUUACAAUGUACAUGGGUUAACAUGCAGUAUAGUAAUCACCAUAAUCAACACAAUGCGACGUCCUCCAAGCAAGCAGGAACGGUAGACAUGAAAAACACAAUCACAGGUUGUGUGUAAGUUUAAAUCUUUGCCCUGCGUGAAAAAAAUAGCGAUGAAGUUAACCUAAUUAUGAUGGUUGUUUUCCCUGUUUUUAAUUAGGCAACAGCCAAUGGAAAAAAAAAAUCAUAUUUCUGAAACAUUUCCGUUUCUGUAAAUUGUAAUCGUGUAAAGAAAACUGUGUAUAUUACCGUAAUGUAGAAUGAAAUAAGGCAUGGUUACAUUAAUAUGAAUAUACGAUGAUUGUAUGUUAAUUAAAACAGGGGGCAGAUA